CAGAAUGCAGUGAACUUUCAUUGUGAAGCGGUUUCUUAACUAAAUAAAUUGUUUUAUAAUUCUAGAUAGAGUUCAACCAACACAACACUUGAUGUGCAUGUGCAACGGCAAUUAUACGAGUGAAGAAGUAUAGCUCUCUUAAUCAAAUCUCCAAAUGGAACUUUUACUUUUAAUAGUGACCGCACUAAUUUUUCCACCCCCACUCCAAGUCAGGGCUGAGGAUUGUGGUCAAGAUGAGCUGGUGCAGUGCGCGAGACCCCUUCAAGUCCUCUCGGCCACAUCGGAGUUGUCCUUCGUGUCCACCAAGGAGGAAUUGGAUAAACUUUGCCCAGACCUACACUUUGGCCUACACUGUAUUAGGAGCUACACGAGGCGCUGCAUGAGCAUUUAUCAACGGGAUCAUUUCAAUAAAUUGUACCACGGAACCAGCCAAGUGAUACACGAAUUGUGUGAGGAAGGACCUAAUCAGGAAGAUUUCCUGCGACACGCUCCGUGCAUGAGGCUCGUGAAGAGGCAGUAUGAGACGUGCUCCACCACUUACCAGGCCACAAUGUCACGAAUCGGGCAGAUUGUGCCUGAGCCCAGUGAGACGUCCGCCACUCCGGAUGACCACAACCUCACCAGAGCGCACUCGUACGAGAUGGAGCGCAUUAAAACUGUGUGCUGUGCAUUCAAGGACUACAUUGACUGCUCCGAGCAAGUGGUGAGGCUGGCCUGUGGCGAAGAGACGGCCAACUACACGCGGCGCUUCCUGGACAAGAUGUCCAGCUCACUCAUGACAAUGCACUGCGAGGAUUACGGACCAGAAUCCAACAAAUGCGCGAACAGUGACACUUUCAAUCGCAGCACAUCAUUCACACUCUCCGCCCUCAUUUCACUCCUGUGUGCCAUCGUGAUAUUUUACUAUUGAUUCUUUCCAAUGUAAUUAUUUCAAUUAUCACGAGAGUUAUCGUGUGGUUUGCCAAUCUGUUGUUAUUUUCCCAAACAUUUUGGGAAAUUGCCAAAAAGGAAUCACACAGCACAGAAGAGGAUCAGAAAUCUGUGAGCACUAUUUGGAUUGCAAAGAAAAACAUCAAUGAACAUUCGAAAAAACUUCCAAGGAAAAGACUGAUGAAUUCUUUUCGAAUGUCGGCCAAGAAAGCAAGUUAACUUCAAUUAUAGAAUAAUAUCAUAUCCAUUUUCAAUAAACGUUCCUCAUCAUGCGAUUGUGCUUCAGUGAGCAUUUAGUGUUCCAACAAUUCUGACUCUGCACUGUAUGUGAUGAUGUCUCAAUAGCAUUUAUCGACAUUUAUCUGAUGAAUGCUUUGAAAAGGUAUGAAUUUGGAAAUGGUUUUAAUAACUGAGUUACGAGUUGCGAAAUUGCAAAGAGGUUUUUUUUGCAAGGCGCAUCAUGAAAAAUCAUUAUUGAAAUUUACUUAUAUAUUGUACGAUAUAUUUCGUGAUUGUAAAUACUCCAUUGAAAUCGUUAGUGUAACGGAAUGAAAAUGAUAAUAAGCUCUCUCCUGAAGUUCAUCGCUAUAAAUGAAAUAAUUGUUUCCAUUGUGCACUGAGGGUGGGUUGUUAAAAUAUUCAUUUACCAUAGUUGUUAUGCUGAAAUUAUUCAUUUUUCAUUACCCUCGCCUCAGAGAGAGUGCAAUAUUGUCAUCGGCAGGUGGGCUUUUUGGGGUGGGAAAAGUGCCAAAUUACACACACAUUUCAACCCCCAAAAUAUGCAUCGAAUUCACAACAAUUGAUAUUUGUGCGAAUCAUAAAUUUGUUCUUUUUUUUUUCAAACAAACACCUCUUUCCAUUCCACAGCAUAUUGUUCACUUAAUUGCUAUUUUUAACACCAAAAUUUUAUUUGUAUAAACUCUAUAUUCGUCAUAAUUUGUUUGAUUUUGAUAAAGCGAGCGAAAUUGUGAGAGAGGAAGAAAUAGUCUCAAUGAAUAU